AUGUUAAUAAAUCCCUCAUGGUCUUCUUUGCAUCGUCUUACUCAUGUACACUUUGAGCCUCCAGGUGCAUUUACUGAUCAUUCCCCUGCAGCAGUUAGGUUGGAUCACUAUGCACAGGGUAGGCGCAACUUCAAAUUUUUCAAUAUGUGGGCUACACACGAUCAGUUCCUGCAGGUGAUCUCUUCUUGUUGGUCUUCUCCUAUACAUGGUACUCCAAUGUAUAUUCUCUGCCGUAAGCUUAAGCUCUUGAAAGGGCCCUUGAAGGAGCUUAAUCGUUUUCAUUUUAGUCAUAUUUCAGAGCGGGUUUCUCGACUUGAAUCUCAGCUGGAGCAACUCCAAACUGCUUUCCAGCAUGACAAGGACAACCAGCUCUUGUUCGAGCAGGACAAGCUUCUUCGUUCCAAACUAUCUUCUCUUAAGUUUGCGGAAAAGCAGUUUUUCAGUCAAAAAAUAAAAUGCAAGUUCCUCAAGGAUAGUGACAGAGGUUCUAAGUUUUUCCAUGCUCCAUCAGAACAUCCAUGA